GUCAUUUUAGUCAUAAUUUCAAUUUUUUAAAAGCCGGUCAAACAAAUUAAAUCUGUAGUAUAAAUUUUCAAAAGGAUUAAUAUGGCAUUGAUUCCCUAUUCUAAAACAUUGUAUUCUGCCUUUAAAUCGUACGCAACUAAUUGUGUAAACAUAAAAGGGGCAGUUCGCAAUUUAACUUCUAAACAGCUGGUGUAUAGCGAAUUCGGCGAUCCAUUGCAUGUUGUAAAGUACAGGGAAUGCCAAGUCCCACCGCUGGGGAGCCAAGAAGUGUUGGUGCGCAUGCUGGCAGCUCCGGUUAAUCCAGCUGACAUAAACACAAUACAAGGAAAGUAUCCUGUGAAAGUAAAUCUACCUUGUGUGCCUGGAAAUGAAGGAGUUGGAAUUGUUGAAGAGGUAGGUAAAGAAGUCAGUAGAAUAUGUCCUGGGAACAAAGUCAUAGUAACUAAACCAGUUCAAGGCACUUGGAGAGAUAUAGCAAUUUUCAAUAAAGAUGUUCUAAGAGUUGUUCCUGAUAAUCUAGGUACUGUAGAAGCAGCUACGCUAACAGUAAAUCCAUGUACUGCCUAUAGAAUGCUGUCAGACUUUAAACCAGUUAAAGACGGCCUUGUUGUUAUCCAAAAUGGAGCUAAUAGUGCGUGUGGACAAAAUGUCAUUCAAAUAUGUAAAGCUUGGGGAAUAAAGAAUAUUAACAUUGUUCGGAACAGGCCAGAAAUAAAUGAACUGAAAAAGUAUUUAGAAUGUCUUGGUGCAACUUAUGUGUUAACUGAAGAAGAAUUGAGAUCAACAAAUAUAUUUAAGGAAAAGAAAAUUAACAAGCCUUCCCUAGCCUUAAAUUGUGUGGGCGGAAAAAGUUCUUUAGAAAUGUUAAGACAUCUACAGCAUUCCGGAUGCAUGGUGACUUACGGUGGGAUGUCCCGAGAUCCUGUGUCAAUACCGACAUCGGCAUUUAUUUUCAAAAAUCUUUCCUUUUUUGGAUUUUGGAUGACUGCUUGGAAUGAAAAAGCUGACCUAGUACAAAAAGAUGAAAUGAUAAAUGAAAUUAUUUCAUUGAUGUGUGAAGCCAAGUUGAAAAGUCCUGUACAUCAAAUGGUUAAAUUUGAAAAUUUUCAAGAAGCUUUACAAAAUGCUCUUACAGUUAAAGGGUUUACAGGAUGUAGAAAUUACUGUCUGCCCAGUUUACCGUCUAUCCCGGGAGAUGAAGGUGUGGGUGAGGUGCUUGAGAUCGGUAGCCAUGUAUGUGCAUGUGAACCUGGUGAUCGUGUAGUGCUUACAUCAAGAUUACUUGGUACAUGGAGGUAUUAUGGUGUUUUUCAUGAAAGAGAUGUUCAUAUCAUAUCUCCAAACAUACCUCUUCCUGAAGCCUCAAUGCUAACAAUAGCCCCAUGUAUGGCAUACAGAAUGAUCAAGGACUUCAGAAAUGUACAACCAGGUCAAACUGUUAUUCAGAAUGCUGCUAACAGUCCAUGCGGUCAAUGCAUUGUGCAAUUGUGCAAAGCUUGGGGAAUUAAUACAUUUAACAUAGUUGCUAAUCAUUAUAAAUACAAAGUUGUCAAAGAUUAUUUGCUGAGUAUAGGAGCCACUGCAGUUUACACUUUAGAAGAAGCUGAAGAAUUGACCAAUUUCAACACAUCACUGUCUAGGCCCGUUUUGGCCCUGAAUUGCAUAGGGGCCAGAUAUGAAAAUGUCAUCCUCAAAUUACUUGAGAGAAAUGGAACAGUUGUUUAUUAUGGUGAUGCAUUUAAUUUGCCCAUUGUAAAACAAUUUUUGAGAUGUGAUGUUGCCUUCCAUAAAUUUCAUUUGUGCGAAUGGGAUGCCAAAGCUACUUGUGUUGAAAAAGAUAUAAUGCUGAACGACAUUAUAAGACUGAUGGUAACUGGAAAAUUUAGGGCACCAGUUUACGUGCCAGUCGAACUAAAGAAUUAUGUUCAUGCAUUUAGAAAUACAGGCCAUUGCGAAGCAUUUUCAACCGUCAACUAUGUGUUUGACUUUACGCUCCCGUAAUUCCCAUUCCCAAAUCAGCUCA